AUGCAGUCCGUCCCUGAGUCCCGACAGCAGUCCUUCGAGGAGAUCUACGGGCCUCCCGAGAAUUUCCUAGAGAUCGAAGUCCGCAAUCCCCAAACCCAUGGCACCUCCCGCAAUAUGUACACGUCGUACGAGAUCGUGUGCAGAACCAACAUCCCCGCUUUCAAACUGAAGCAUUCCGUGGUGCGCCGCCGGUACUCCGACUUCGAGUACUUCCGCGAUAUCCUCGAGCGCGAAAGUACACGAGUCACGAUACCCCCACUGCCCGGAAAGGUCUUCACCAACCGUUUCAGCGACGAUGUGAUCGAGCACCGCCGCGAGGGUCUCCAGCGCUUUUUGCAGAUUGUUGCUGGGCACCCUCUUCUGCAGACGGGCAGUAAGGUUCUGGCUAGCUUUAUCCAGGACCCCAACUGGGACCGCAAUGCGUGGUAG